UUAGGCACAUGGCCAUGUAGAGAGCUAUGUCCCUGGAUUUAGGUGAUUAAUGUACUACAGUCACACAAUGCAGUCACAGAGGUAUUGGCAUGUUUCUGUGCUACCAUCUAAUGCAGAUUGAUUCAAAUGGAAACAAGCUGCUUUAUCAGAACAAGGAGUGAGGAGGAUGACCUACAUUUGUGAAGCUUCAUUCUGUUAACUGACCUCAAAGAGCAUGUCAUAUUUCUCUUUACUUGCAGUAUAUAAUAACCACUGGUUACCAGUACAUUUCUCAGCUUCUGGCCCCCUCCCCAUCUGAAGCAAUGUGAGUUAUUGAUAAGAACAUGCUGUAGUUGUUGAACUUUAGAGGACACGUCAGGAACACCACGCUGUAAAGUGAAAGUCCACAAUGCUGCUUUAUGGUCAGAAAGCCUGCUAUAAAUAACGGGAGGUGGCACAAGCAUCUAUCUCACAUCCAGAUACCAAGUGUCCAGAUCUGAUCUACCCAGGGACUCAAUAUGCUGUUGAAGGUGACAACCCUCGCUCUGGUUUUAUGUGCCAUCACAGGCUCCCAAGCCGAUGUCAGAACAGACCAAGCAGUCAGUGCUUUCUGGGACUAUGUCUCCCAGCUGCAAAGCAGCACCAAGGAUACGGUGGACCAGAUCCAGCAGUCAGAUAUCACCAAACAACUUAAUGUUCUCAUACAGGAUAAAAUGAAAAGUAUGAACCUUUAUGCUGGAGAACUACAAAGCCAAGUAAUUCCCUUUGCAAAGCAAAUCCAUGACCAACUAACACAAGAUUCAGAGAAAAUUCGAGAGCAGAUACAACAGGAGCUGGAGCAGCUCAGGGUGAAGAUUUCUCCUUACGCAGAUGAAGUACAUAAACAAGUGAACAAGAAUUUGGAGGAGCUGCAGCUCAAACUGACUCCUUAUGCUGAGGAACUGAAAAGCCAACUAGAGAAGAACACUAACACAAUCAGUCAGCAACUUAGGUCUGUAGUUCAAGAAAUGGAUUCUAAGAUUAGGGACAAUGCAGGAAAUUUGCAAGAAUCUUUGGCACCAUAUUCAGAAAAACUCCAGGCCCAAAUAGAUGAGAGUGUAGACCAACUAAGAAAACAACUUAACCCUUACACUGAUGAAGUGAGAGAUAAGAUUGGCCAUCAAGUACAAAAGUUACGUGAGAGCCUGAGCCCUUAUGCAGAGGAGAUGCAGGAGAAUUUAGCCAAGCAGAUAGAGAGCAUGGAAUUCCAAAUGAGAAAGAGUGUUGAGCAAGCAGACACCCAAUUAAAACAGAUCACUGAGCAGUUAAAAGCUCAACUGAGCCCCUAUGCAGAUGAUCUGAAAGAGAAACUCCAGGUAAAUGCUAGGGAUGCUAAGCAGACACUAGAACCAUAUCUCACCGAGCUAAACCAGCAGAUGGAGCAGAAGAUUGCAGAAUUUAAAGUUAGCAUCACUCCCUAUGGAGAGGCACUCAACAAGGCACUAGUGCAGAGGGUAGAGGACAUGAAACUGAAAUUUGGGAAAUACACAGUGACUGUGCAAGAUCAAAUGGAAUACUUAGAAAAAGACAUCCGAGAUAAGUUUAGCGACUUCAUAAAUAAAGGUAUAACUGAAACUGAAAACUAAACAACGUAUACACCCAAAUUGUCAUCAGACCACAGUAUCCAUUACAACUUGCACCACCUGUAUGCCAUAUCAAUCAUAAAAAGAAAAAAAAAUACCCAGAGAUUGGGCUGUCGGCCUACUGCAAAUCAAGUAAGAAGAAAAUGUAAAAGUGAAGUAAAUGCACACUGUAGCAAGUUUUGUAAAACACAGAUUUGUCUUUGUGUUAUGUCUGUCAUUUGUUGUGCCUGAAUAGCUUUAUGUUUCUCUUACAGCCCUAAAAUGUUCCAUUUUAUUUAUAAUUCUGCUGCCAUUGUUUCUUGGUCAUUAUGUCUGGGAUGAACCUCCCCAGUAACAACAUAAGGCCCUGUAAUGUUUUACGUUGUGGUUGAUAUGCAUGCACUUUAUCAAUGCUUCUCAAUAAAAUGCAACCCAGCAAUGCAAAA